UUCAGGCCUGUCCUGUCUUAGAAAAAAAUUUCACACAUACAUUUGAUCCUUAAAAUUAUAUAUAUACAUACACAUGUUAUGUCUGCUCCACACGCACAUUUUUAGAAGAAAAGGCGAGAAACUAAUCAGCUGUGGAUCAAUCAGUGCGUGUUCUGUGUGAGUGGUGUUCAUUUCGCAGCUCGUGAGGUGAUAGAAACUAGAAAGUGAACAAAACGUUAAUAAAAAGGAAAAAAAAAAGAAAGAAAGGAAGAGGGGCAGAGUUAUUGUGAACUGCCGAGAAAGAGAAAAAAAAAAAGUCCCUUUUGCCGUUCAACUGGAAUCUCCAAGAACAGAGACUAGUUUUAGAGAGAGGGAUUUUAGAGAGAGGGAUUGUAAGGAAUGAAUGGUGUUGUUGAUCUUGAUUCAGAUGAUUCUGAAUUUGUGGAAGUUGAUCCUACUGGAAGAUAUGGAAGGUACAAUGAGAUCCUAGGAAAAGGGGCUUCAAAGACUGUUUAUAGAGCUUUUGAUGAGUAUGAAGGAAUUGAGGUUGCCUGGAACCAAGUGAAGCUUUAUGAUUUUCUCCAAAGUCCGGAAGAUCUCGAGAGGCUUUACUGUGAAAUUCAUCUCCUCAAGACGUUGAAACAUGCCAAUAUUAUGAAGUUCUGCACUUCUUGGGUCGACACAGCUAAUCGGAACAUCAAUUUUGUGACUGAGAUGUUCACUUCUGGUACUCUUAGACAAUACAGGCUGAAACAUAAGAAGGUGAACAUUAGAGCAAUUAAGCAUUGGUGCCGACAAAUUUUGCAAGGUCUUCUUUAUCUCCAUAGCCAUGAUCCACCUGUCAUUCAUAGAGACCUCAAGUGUGACAAUAUAUUCAUCAAUGGAAACCAAGGUGAAGUCAAGAUUGGUGACUUGGGCCUUGCUGCAAUUCUUAGGAAAUCUCAUGCAGCCCGUUGUGUAGGGACACCCGAGUUCAUGGCCCCAGAGGUUUAUGAAGAGGAAUACAACGAGUUAGUCGACAUAUACUCGUUCGGAAUGUGCAUUCUUGAAAUGGUGACGUUCGAGUACCCAUACAGUGAAUGCUCUCAUCCUGCUCAGAUUUACAAGAAAGUCAUCUCUGGAAAAAAACCCGAUGCACUAUACAAAGUAAAGGACCCCGAAGUGCGUAGAUUUGUCGAGAAAUGCCUGGCGACAGUGUCCGACAGGCUGUCGGCUUGGGAGCUUCUGAACGACCCAUUUCUCCAAAUCGAUGAUCACAUUUGCGAUUUAAGGCCUUUAAGUUAUCAGAGGGAGUAUGAUGAUUUUGGGCCUAUACUCGCACAACGCCUCUUGAGUGCACAACACAGCACCACAAGCUCGGUGGUGAAUGGUUAUGGAAAUUUUAUUGGGUAUGAGCCGGAGAACAAUGAGUUAGAGUGCCGGUCAGUUGGGUAUGAAGGUCAAGAGAUGGAGUUUUUCACGGACGAGCACUUGGAGAAUGUGGAUGUCACUAUCAAGGGAAGGAGGAAUGAGGAUGGGAAUAUCUUCUUGAGGCUCAGGAUAGCAGAUAAGGAAGGUCACGUUCGAAACAUAUAUUUUCCCUUCGACAUCGAGACCGACACAGCCUUGAGUGUGGCAGCAGAGAUGGUUGCUGAGCUGGACAUCACUGACCAAGAUGUCACCAAAAUUGCCGAGAUGAUCGAUGGAGAGAUAGCUUCCUUAGUGCCCGGUUGGAAAAGUGGGGCCCACGCAGAUGAAAGCGCGAGCCACAAUAACGCCGUUUGUUGCCACCUCAACUGUGACUCGGAUGAUUCCCUCAAACACAGUUGCGGAGCUGUGCACGGCCGUUUCGAGGAGGUCACAUACGAACUCAACGGGCCCUCCGACCUAAAUUCCAAAAAUACCCCUGGCGACAAAUGUGAAAAUUUCGAACAACUGAUGAAUAAUGAUGAUGACGAGGCAAAAAUUAGUAGAGCCCCAUUGGAGGAUUACGAGAAUGAGAUAAGGCAGGAGCUGAGGUGGCUCAAAGCCAAGUACCAAAUGCAGCUGAGGGGGCUCCGGGAUCGGAAGCUAGGGGUAAAAUCGUCAAAUUGUGAUGCGGGAGGCAAAGAAAAAGGCAAGGGUGAUUUUGAACAUAAAUCUUUUGUGUAUGCGCAUAAUUCUUGUGGUCCGGUGCACCUGGGCACGUCCAAGGAUUUCUACGUGGGCCCCAUGAUGCCGAAUUCCCUUCAUCGCACGACUUCUCUACCUGUGGAUGCAACCGACUCGUGAGAAUUAAUACUUUAUUAUAGAGAUUGGUUGUAUUUUCAUUUCUCAAAAGGAAGAAAAAGUCGCAAAGUUGACUAAGGGUACUGAGAUUUUUGGCCUUGCAAUGGUGUGCCUGGUCUAUUCUUUUUUUGCAACUUGUAGAUUCUUUCAACUUCAAGUGAAAGUGACCUUCACUUGGGGUUGAGAUGAGUAAAUGUACAUCACUAACCAAAUUAUGGUGUGAAAAUAACAAUGUGAAUUGCCACAUUCUUGUUUUGAUGUAACAUUGCCAGAAAAGUAAGUGAUAAAGCCUAGUCUUAGAGUUUGACUGUGUGUUACUUUGAUGAUUGCUUUGGGCUUCCUAAGGUGAGGUUAGGGAGAAAAACUCGUAUUUAUUUUGGACCUUUUGAUUUCAGUACAUUGAACCAUUGAAUUGUUGGAGAAUUGAGAACUGUGGAUAGUAAUUUUUCACAUUAUCUCAACCACUCUGAUUGAGUAUUAACUUGGCUGGCUACUUGAUUGUUCCCUGUGCCACUGAUUUUUUACUUGAAAGCAUUCGAUUGAAUAUAUGAAAACUAAGUGUACCUCUAAUGCUUUAUUUAGUUUGUUGUUUGUCUGAAAAAUCAGCUUAGAUGCCAGUCAAAGUGCUAGGCGGCACCUACAAACGUGAAUUUUCUUCCAUACGGUCCUUCAAGGCGUUCAUGCAAUCAAACGACAUC